AUGGCUAAUAUUCUUACAAAGAGCUUGGCUCAAGUACAUCCAAAAUUACGUACCAAUGGUAUCGGAAUCGGAAACAAUCACAGGAAAAUAUCCUUAGGGUUUCUCCAACCUAGUAAAAGGAACCCACUGGUUCGAAAAUAUAAGCGCAGGCGGCGUUAUGGUACAGAUCAACAGAGUUUCAGAUCCCUGGGCGAAGAUUUUGGAAGCACAAUUGCACGCGAAGAUCCCAUGAUCGAUGCCAUUGACGAAGAGCUCGACGCUGCUGGGUCUGAGGAUGGCGGUGAGCUCAGCAGAACUGUGUCUUUACCCUCGAGGGUUAGCGAAACUCCAGACGUGCACUCAGAGGUCGAUUGGAUACUGGAAGAACAUGAAAGAAGGUAUUCUUCAGCACAACAUAGCGAUGAAGAAUUCCAGAACGAGGAGGAAGAUACUCAACCUCGGCGCUCGUCAUUAAAUUACGACGAGGAACAACAAGAAGUCCUAGAAUAUGACGACUUUAUGAAACGGGUGAGACAACAAUUGCUCUUUGAUGUUAAUAGACGACAGCACAGGCCCUCGUUCAUAUCGGUAACCAGCCGUGGUUCUGUACCCAAUGUCUACGAGUCCUUGGAGAGUGAAGAAGAGUGUAAGCAUGGAACCGUGACAUUAAAGAGCGAGGCCAAGGUUUUGGCUUCUUACUCUAUACCGUUGAUCUUAACUUUUCUUUUGGAGCAAAUAUUCCCCUUAGUAUGUUCUCUCACAGUGGGGCAUCUGGGCAAAAACGAACUAGCAGCCGUUUCACUAGCUUCUAUGACUACGAAUAUUACUUUGGCCGUUUUCGAAGGAAUUUCCACAAGCUUAGAUACUUUAUGUCCACAAGCGUUUGGAUCUGGAAAUUACCGCGGUGUGGGGAUUCAUUUACAACGGUGCAUUGCUUUCUCAAUGGUCGUCUAUGUUCCAUUUGCGUUUUUUUGGUUUUUCUCGGAGUUUUUCUUGGGUUUAGUUAUCAAAGAAAAGGAACUGGUUAGUCUUACUGCUAAGUUUUUGAGAAUUGCCAUCCUGGGCGCCCCAGCUUACAUCAUGUUCGAAAAUUUGAAAAGGUUUCUACAAGCACAGGGAAUCUUUGAUGCUGGCAUCUACGUGUUACUCGUAUGUGCUCCCUUAAAUGUUUUAACUAGUUACACACUGGUGUGGAACUCUAAAAUUGGCAUUGGAUACGCCGGAGCACCGAUCGCCAUGGUUCUUAAUUUUUGGCUCAUGCUUGCCCUUCUAUUAGCAUACAUCGUAUAUGUGGAUGGCAGCCGCUGCUGGGGAGGAUUCAACAAAAAGGCUUUCACGCAUUGGAAAGCACUUUCGGAAUUAGCGAUACCAGGUAUUGUCAUGCUUGAAGCCGAGGACCUCUCCUACGAGAUUCUGACACUCUUUAGCUCAUAUUUCGGGACAAGUUAUUUGGCUGCUCAAUCGGCUAUAUCCACAACCGUUACGCUAACCUACAUGAUCCCCUUCGCAGUUGGAAUUUCAUCAUCUACAAGAAUCGCUAAUUUCGUGGGUGCGAAACGGGCCGAUUGUGCCAAAAUUGCUUCACAGCUUGGUAUCUCAUGUUCUCUCUUUGUGGGGCUCUUCAAUUGUAUCUUGCUCAUUAGCUGCAGGAACUUUAUCGCCCAUAUUUACUCAAAUGACCCUGAAGUGGUUAAGUUAAUCACUGAAUUGAUGCCUCUGGCCGGGGUGGCCGAAAUUUUCGAUUCACUCAAUGCGAUAGCUGGCUCCUGCCUGCGUGGCCAAGGAAUGCAAGCCAUCGGUGGUGUAAUUAACCUGGUCGUCUACUAUUUGUUGGCCAUUCCUUUGGCAAUUGUAUUGGGCUGGACAUUUGACAUGAAAUUAUUUGGCUUAUGGAUAGGUAUCGGGACAGGCAUGUUCUUAAUUGGUACAAUUGAGGGUUAUCUUGUACUUUUCCCGAACUGGGAAAAGAUAUUAAGAAGGGCAGAGAUGCGCAGAGAGGCCGAAGAAGCUGACGAAUUAGACUCCGAAGAUGACUAUAGUUCUACCGAUUCUGACGAGGAGCCUGACGAAGAAACUAGAUUACUACGUAAUUGA